UAAGCAAAUGGCGAAAAAUCCGUCACAAGGAAAUCCAAACCAAGAAGGAAUAUCUGUACCUGCAGGUAAUAUAUUUCAAAAGUAUUAUUUCAAAAUGAAGCUCUAGCCUAUAUGAAAAAGAAAAAGUUAGAGUACAGUAUAAAUUAGAUAGGAUUUAGUUUAAAGUUUGAAAAUAAACAUGUAUAAAUCUGUCAUAAAUUAUGUUUCACUUUCUGUGGACAAAGACUUCCAGUGAACUAACUAAUUGUCUUCCAGAAAUAUCGCAAACGCUCACAGUAUGGGUGCACAUAUUUCAUGCUGAUAUAUAAGUGAUAUCAUAAUAUAAUUAUCACAAACACACAAAAUUAAAGUAACACAGUCGUGAGAAAAUGCCUAUUUAAGAGGGCCUUUUGCUGCAUCCUUGUCAAACAGUUUGCAAUCUACAAUAACUAUAAGGAAAUAAUUCUGUAAGACGUCAAAUUUUAAUUGCCGUUUCAUCGUUUCGCUCCGGCAGCUUUCAGUAGAGAUUUUUAGCAGUGUCAUUCUGGCAACCUCAUAAUUCACUGAUUGUUAUUCUAUUUUGCUCUUAUGAAACAUAAUUUUGGAAUAAACCACCAUUGAUGCAACAAUCACGUUGACAGAAACGCGAAAAUUAAUGUUACACGUACGGUAAGACAAACAACACAAAACCUCGAAAAUAGAUAUGUAACUUUCGAACAAAUCUGGGUCCGGUUUCUAAAAAAAGCUUAGUCACAAUAAAAGUGGCUAAAAUUUAAAGAUAAUUUAUUUACAAACCUAAAUUCAUUGGUCGGUUUUUAACGACCCAGUCUCUGAACUAUUUUUUCAUCCUGGUAUUAUCUCUAGCUAUCGCUACAAUUCGGAAAUGACUCUGAAAUCCAAGUUUUUUUUAAGAAAUGAUGGAAUGCGAAAGAAAGCCACGAAUAAUUGUUGUGGGUGGUAUGUAUACUGGUUUGGAAUCUGGUGAUCCAGAAGAGUUCAUGGACGCGCUGAAAGGAGCUACGAGGAAUGGAUAUGACGUUCUGAGAGUAAGAUACUGUAAACCUUAUAGA